AUGACUGGUCCUGUUGCCAAUGCAGCUUAUAUUGCAAUAGCUGACACACCUUCUUUUAUUUUCCUCUGGGUUGGUGAUGGCCUUGGGCUUGAACAAGGACGUCAAUGUUUAAAAAAGUGGGGGUUUCGAAGAUGUGAGGAUAUAUGUUGGGUGAAGACAAAUAAAACUAAUGCAACUCCAGGAUUACGACAUGAUUCUCAUACUCUGUUUCAGCGGUCAAAGGAACAUUGUUUGAUGGGCAUAAAAGGAACCGUUCGAAGAAGUACAGAUGGACACAUAAUCCAUGCCAACAUUGAUACCGAUGUGAUAAUAGCUGAAGAGCCUCCUUAUGGUUCAACUGCAAAACCUGAAGAUAUGUAUAGGAUAAUUGAGCAUUUUGCCCUUGGACGAAGGAGGAUAGAGUUAUUUGGUGAGGACCACAACAUUCGAUCUGGCUGGUUGACUGUUGGUAAAGGACUAAGCUCGUCAAAUUUUAACUCUGAGGCAUAUGUUAGGAACUUUUCUGAUAAGGACGGAAAAGUAUGGCAGGGAGGUGGGGGGCGAAACCCACCUCCGGAGGCACCUCACCUUGUUUUGACAACCCCUGAAAUAGAGCUUCUACGGCCAAAGUCACCUAUGAAGAACCAACAGCAGAUGCAGCAGCAGUCUGCGUCUAUAUCUCUUACCCCGUCCAAUUCCACCAACAAAUUGGCAACCUUAAAUUCGCCGCAAAACCCCAAUGCUAUCGGCCUGAAUCAAGAAGCAUCCAGUUCUAAUUUCUCGGGUCCAGGUCCAUGGGCACCGCCAGCGGAGGGUUUCAAGGGAAGAGAAGGUGGAAACAUGGGUCCUGAUGACAGGCAAAUGGAGAUUACAGAGAUUUUGAAUCUCAUAGAGCAUUGA